AAACGGUGUCAGAGUGAGAGGUCUGUCCGCCUCCUCUCCUCUCUGCUCUGCUCUCCUCCUCCGCUAGCUCAGUUAGCCUGCUAGCUAGCAGCUCAGCUCAGGUAAACAUGGCCAUGUCGCAGGCUCUGUCAGAGGAGGAGUUCCAUCGGAUGCAGGCUCAGCUGUUGGAGCUCCGAACUCAAAACUACCAGUUGUCUGAUGAUCUCAGGAAGAACUCGGCUGAGCUGAACGCCGUCCGUCAGAAGAAUGUGGUUCUGGAAAGAGAUUUUGUCAAAGCGCAGAAGUCGUUGAAUAAGAGCAAGAAAGCUCAGGAGGUGGAAGCGUUGCUGAGUGAGAAUGAGAUGCUUCAGGGGAAACUCCACAGUCAGGAGGAAGAUUUCAGACUACAGAACAGCACGCUGAUGACUGAACUCUCCAAGCUGUGUACGCAGAUCGAGCAGCUGGAGCAGGAGAACCAGGGUCUGAAGGAAGGAGGAGCAGCAUCUGCAUCCAGCCCUCCACCCAAUCCCACCUCCAGUCCUGUAGAUGGAGAGCUGCUCCGCCUCCAGGCCGAAAACUCCACCCUCCAGAAGAAAAUGAAAGCCCUCCAGGAGCGCUACGACAAGAGCAACCAGAGCGCCACCACAGAGAUCGACGGGUCGGCCGGCGCCAACGGAGUCUCUGAUGUCACAGGGAGAGGGGAUGAGCCGGCAGCAGAAGGAACCAAUGAGAGACUGGAACAGACGGAGGCUCAGCUGGAACACACAGAGAAACAGCUACAUGGCCUGUCAGAGAAGAGCGUAGAGAAGAUUGUAGCUAAGCAGGCAGCGCUAGGCUGGUCGGCUGCUCUCUGUCCAAUAACUCACUGCUUUGGACCAGAGCUGGAGAUGGCACUGAACACCGAGCAGGAGGAGAAGAGGCUGCUGAGGGAGCAGGUCCACAACCUGGAGGCGUCCAAACAGGCUGAAAUCACCAAACUGCAGGAAGAGAUAACAAAGCUGUCUGACAAGUUAAAGAAGAAACAGGAGAGUUUUCAGCGUCUGCAGGGAGAGAAGGAGGCUCUGUACAACGACAGCAGGACAAAGAUCGAUGAGAUCAACCAGAGGAAAGAAGAGGAGCUGAAGGCCACCAACAUCCGCAUCCAGAAACUACAGUCAGACGUCAUGGCAGCCAAUCAGAUGACGGCUGAGAUGAGAGAGCAGCUGCAGAGCAAAGAGAAAGAACAUGAACUGGCCCUGCACGCCCUGAAAGACCAGGUAGCCAGUCAGAGUGCAGUCAGUCAGGAGCAGGUGGACAACAUCCUGCAGGAGAACGAUGCUCUGAGGACAAACCUAGCUGCUCUAGAACAGGAGAGCAGUGCUCUGAGGACUAAUCUGUGUGCUCUUGAACAGAUCCAGACGGUGAAGACGCAGGAGAUGAAUCUGUUGCGUGAGCAGCAGGAGGCGCUGACGUCCGAGCUGCAGCAGAGACGAGUUGAACAGGAGAGUAUGUUGGCUCAGAGAGACGACCUGGACUCCCAGCUGCAGGAGUCGAGUUUCGCCAACAGGAAGUUGUUGGAGCAGUUAACAGAAGAAGGACAAGAGAAGGAGAAACUGCUGAGAGAUCUGGACGAGGCCAAGAAGACAGCAGAGAAGAGGAAGGCCAUGUUGGAUGACAUGGCAAUGCAGCUGAACCAGGAGAAGUCCGACCACAAGGAGGCGCUGUCGGACCUCAAACUGCAGCACGAGAAGGAGGUCCUCGGGGUGAGGGCUCGAUAUGAGAAGGAGCUGCGAGGCCUCCAUGAAGACAAGAAUCGCUCUGAGGAGGAGAUCCGACAACAGCUCAGAGACGAGAAGGCUCGGACGAAGUCGCUGGAGGGUCUCCAGCAGCGGGUGGAGGAGCUGCAGGCUCAGGUUCAGUCCAUGGAGGGAACCAAAGGAUGGUUUGAGAGACGCCUGAAGGAGUCCGAGGAGAACAUGGAGAAGAACUCUCUGGAACAUCAGGACGAUAUCAAGCGGCUGCAGAAAGAACACACACUUCAGCUGGAGGAGAAGCAGUCAGAGAUGGAGGGAGUGAAGCAGCAGCUGGUGGAGAUGGAGAAACAGAAGGAUGAGCACAACGACACCAUCGGGAAACUCAAACAGGAGAUAAAGGACACCGUGGACGGUCAGAGGAUUCUAGAAAAGAAGGGAAGUGCAGCGCUGAAGGACUUGAAGCGGCAGCUGCAUCUGGAGAGGAAGAGAGCCGACAAACUGCAGGAGAGACUCCAGGAGAUACUGACCAACAGCAAGACCAGGACAGGUCUGGAGGAGCUGGUUCUGUCCGAGAUCAACAGUCCCAGUCGGACUCAGCAGACCGGAGACUCGUCCUCCGUCUCCUCCUUCUCCUAUAGAGACAUGAUGAAGGAGUCUCAGCCGACCAAUCAGAACAAGUCUGGAGGAGGCAGCCCUCAGUCUCAGCGUCCUGCUGAGUUAUCCGAUGACGAGGUCGGCGAGUUGUUCCAGCGACUCGCUGAGGUUCAGCAGGAGAAGUGGAUGCUGGAGGAGAAGGUGAAACAUCUGGAGGUGAGCUGUUCGUCGAUGGCUGAAGAUAUCUGCAGGAAGAGCUCCAUCAUAGAGACCUACGUGAUGGACAGCCGCAUAGAUGUGUCGGGCAGUGCCGUCGGAGGUCACGGAGGUCACGGAGGUCACGGAGGUCACGGAGGCUCUCAGGGGGAGAGAGGAGGUCUGGGUUCGGUCCUCAGAGAUCUGGUCAAACCGGGAGACGAGAACCUGAGAGAGAUGAACAAGAAGCUGCAGAACAUGUUGGAGGAGCAGCUGACCAAGAACAUGCACCUGCAGAAGGACCUGGAACUCUUGUCCCAGGAAUUAGUCCGUCUCAGUAAAGAGAGCAGUCCUGGUGGCAGUGUAGCCGGGUCGGGAUGAGGCUAUCGCCUGGAUCCAUCCGUCCAUUCCCUUCCUUCUCACUCAGAUGGAAGACAUGGGCUGGGCUCAGACUAACACUUGGAACCAACAUUUCUUCCCUUUCCCAUUCCCUGCGUUCGUAACCUCAGACCCGCUGUGGGCUUCAACUACUGUCUGGACCUGCUAUGAUUUCACCAUCUCAGUCCGCACUCUGGGCUACGACUAAAUGCUGGAAUCUGUUCUUUCUCAGUGACGAGAAGAAACAGUGAGUUUUAAAGGUGUAGAAGAAGAAACUGAAGACCAGAGGGAAUGGAAAAGUUGGGCUCAGCUCAUUGUUGUUGCUAUUGAAUGUACUGUAAUUAGAUUGCACCACUCAGUUCCUCGGAGUCCUGGCUACGACCUGGAAAACAUACAUUAUAACAGACCUAUGAUUUCUAUUGUAACUGACUGUAAAUCUGUACUCUCUCUGGUUUCUGUGUCUGAGGGUGAUUUCAGAAAGCACCUUUAGGAUUCUAAUGUCUGUCUGUUGGGUCCUGGCUAUGUCCUGGAACACACAUGCCUGGUAUCUUAACUGAAUGAACGAGUUAUUUUAUUGUUUUCUAUGUGCAGUAACUCUAUUGUGACCUGGCUAUUUCCUGGGCUUCCUGUCUGCAACAAAAUACUUCAGUACUAAAUACCCGGGGUCUGUCUAUGACCUGGAUUGUCAGAGAAGUUGAGCUUUAAGAUUCAUUCUUUACCUUUGAAACUGUUUAACACUUCUUAUUUCACACGAGCUUUCAGCCACAUCUCAUGACCUUCAACAGCAGAGGCAGUUUGCUCCGUUGUCAUGGAGAUUUGUUUAGUUUUUCUCAGGUGAUAACUAAACCAGAUGUUGAUGAAGGCGGUGAGAUGUGGCUGAAAGAAAGUGGACCUUUUUGUUUAGAAGUCUUUGAGUCAUCCACGGCAACAGAGGUUUAGUCUAAGUUCCAGUUGAGCCGUAUUUCUUUAAACGUGGUCAGUAAAGAUGAUUUCUCCAGUUUAUUUUCUGCCUCCAACAGACGCAGCAUGAACACAAAGCUAAAGGCUGAACUUUAGACGCUUGCAUGUCCCUGUAAAGAGUGAGACCUCUCUGUAGUACAACUCUUAAAUCUUCAUAUUAUCUGUUUGCUUUUUCAGCUGGUGUUUACUCAUAAACAGUCUGGUUGGAAACAACCCAGCUACUCUGAGCUUUGGAGGCAGAAUUAAGAACGGGGGCUUUGUCUUCCUACGUAGUUAACAAGCUAAUGAGCCACAAAAAACGCGACUGAAUAAUGUCCACAAAAACGUGAAAUGACAACUCUUACAGUAAAUCAACUUGUUUAAACAGGACAAACGUUAAGUUGACUGCUGCUAACAACCUCCAGGACACCACGACGGUAACUCAUUUAAUCAAAGUGUGUUUGUCGGCCAUGGCUAUGUCAUGGAGCACCAACAUACUGUACUCGUGUUAACAGAUUGAAUGUUUUCCAUUCCUUUUAUGUUUGUUUAAUGUUUGUUUCCUGGACUAAACGCCCGUUACACCUGUACGUCUGACGUCGUUUUGUGUCUUUGGUUGUUCUCUGGAGAGUUGUUGCAGCCCGGUUACGAUGUAGAACUAUUCUGCAUCCCUUUUUUUAUUUAUUACUUUUCAAACACUCUGGGAUGUAAAAUUCCUCGUGGAAAUGCACCUGCGUCUUCUGUUACAGAGCGAGUCUCGUGGAACUGGGACAGACUAUUUGCUGGAUUUCAUUUUGCUUCCUUCAUCUGUAUAUUGUAUUUAGGGCUUGUUAUUUGGGGGUUUUAUUCAUAGGAAAAUUUUAUUAAUUUAUCAGUUUGUGUUGACAUUUAAAAGAAAUGCAGGAAAAAAGGAUGCAAAAUUUGGAUUUAUACCCCGAGACUAUUUCAGAUGUGUAAGAUCAUAACAUUAGUCAGAAUUAUUUAAAACUAUUCACUGCUUUUAAAAAAUUGCUUUUUUUUCUUCUUUUGGUGUAAAAGGUGGUCUUGUGUUUGUACGACGGCGUAUUUGCUAUUAAAAUUAUUACGAACCCGGGGGAGAGGAGUAAUAUUACAAGAAAAAAACUGAAUAUACUCUGAGAUUAUAAAAUCACAAAUUUACGAAGAAAACUCUGAAUAAUAGUGUUUUUUAUUAAGGAAGCAUCGCUUCACUUUCCAUGGUUGGAUCAAGGUCCUUAACAUAACAACACUACUUAGGCGCAAUAAAAUUCAGACGACGACUAAAUUUGACUUUAAUCUCAGAUUUUUUUCCUCACAAAAUUAGGACUUUAUAAUCUCAGAGAAUAAGAAAGUUUUUGAGUUUUUUCUCUGUAAUAAUUAUAUUUUCUUACCUACAUUGACCCUAAUACGUCGUCCUAUGUUCCUCAUCCUCCCAGACAUUUCGUUCAACUUGGGAUGCAAAAUGGCUCAAUGAAAACUAAAAUGAUUGUCCUAUAUCUCUUUGCUUUGUUUGCGUUUUGAUAAUUCAGCUUUUCCUCACCAGGGCCGUGUCUAUGUCUUGGAUCACAUUAACUGUAAUUUGUCUUGCACUAUUAACUUUUUUUUGUGACUUAUUUCCAUCCCUACUGGGGGACACCAAAUGGUGCAGAAAAAAAAAAGAAGUGAAACUGUCAGCUUUGGCUGCUAUUCUGCGACUGAGUACUUUACAUUUUCUGUUGGGCUGGGUCUACUUCCUGCUUGAAACAACAUAUCUUAUUAUUUUGACUGUAUCUUUAAAUCUUAUUUCUGUGAUUCUGUAAAAAAAAAAAAAGUUUUGACAGGAAGUGAAAGACAAACACUUACUGUCAGCUCUGCCUUUGUUUCUUCUCUUGGAUAUUUUGUUUGCUACGUGGCCCCUGACUACGUCCUGGACUGAACCUCUGGCACAGGCUGCUUCUGGUGACCGGGCUCUGACUAUAUCCUGGACAUUGUGCUUAUAGCAGACUGUGCGUUUUAUGUUGUGACUGCCUGUACAUUUAUGCUUUAUUUUUGUUUGUACACUGCAAAAAAAUAUAUAUGAUGUUAAGAAAUCUUCUCGGAGCGAGUGAGAAGAACUCGACUUGUUUACGGUGCAGCUUUUGUUUUGUUCAAGGAAAAAGAGACUCUUAUUCAACCUCCGACCUCCUCUGAUCCUUCACACCAAACUCAAUGGCAUUAUUACGUAUUUAAAAGAUACAUAAACGGCAGUUAAUGUCCAAAAUAUUAACUGGAUGUCACAAUGUACAAGAUUAAUUUAACAAGCCGGUCGAGCUGCACUGAAAACACACUGCAGUCUUCUCUCUCUCUCUCUCUCACUGGCUCAGACUGACUGAGCGGGAUCGGUCUAUGUGCUGGGCAGCGACUCGGCCUGUUGCUUUGUUUUGUUUGUAUCGUUUAAAUCUGUAUAUAUAUUCACGCUGUGAUAUGACUUCUAACUGUAUGAAGAAUCAACUGAUCUAUUUAUGAGACUGAUGAUCAUGACGCUAAUUAUUGUAACAUCGAGAAAAUCUGAUAAAAUAUUGUCUGGAGAUGA